AUGGGCGGUCGACCUGGCGACUCUGCACGUUUGCCGGCACCAGAUCGACCUUCUCACCAAUCACCAGUCUCAACACCAUAUCACCACUUUUCACCACACCAUCCAUCGCAAGAUCUGCACCCUUCGAAGGACGGCGCGUCGACCGAACACGGUUCCCAAUCCCUCCCGUCAAGUUCGAGGUCUGGGCGGUCGGAUCACCCUUCGCAUGCGCCACACUAUCACCCAACAUCGGCUGAAGAUCGCCGGCCGAGGGACGUUCCGACACGGUAUGAGCGUGGACGCAGCGACAGAAGAAGUGCAUCGCCUAUCUAUCCUGCCAGCUCUGCUGUGAGACCACGCUCGUCGUCACCCCCAUUCCGCGAUCGGAGCGUACGGACAGCAGAAGGCGACGCGCAAAGGUUUCCCGGCGGAUCGGUAGAUUCGGAGGGUUUUGAAGGCUCCGGGAGAUCAGACGACCCUCAAUCGUACCACGCAGACGGAGACCGCAGGCAACAAGGAAGCCGAGGGGAAGCCGAAUCCUACCAGCCGCCAGAGGAUGGAGCGGCUACAAUCUCAUCAAUCUCUGAGCCGGCGAGCAGGCCAAGAUCCCCACACAAGCGCCGGACUCGCAUGCUCAUGUCUCGCAAUCAAUGGCAAGCUCUCAGCCGACUAUGGGACAGGACAAUCUUCCCCGCCACGGCAGAGCGCGAGGCACUUGCUCGAGAAAUUGGCCUGACUCCUCGACAAGUGCAAGUGUGGUUUCAGAGACAGAAGCGUCGCCGGGAGCGGGAGACCGAUGCAGCCAAUGCUGCUCUCGUCGCGUCUUCCCCCUACUUCGCUGCGGCGAGGACGGCGGAGCUUCCUCACGGCUGGAACGGAGGACCUCCUCCACGUCACUGGCCAGAAGCCGAAGACUAUCGCUCCUACGGUUCUUCAAGUUCUCGACAGCCCGGCAUGUCUGCCCCACAUUUGCACAACGGCUUCGAUCAUCGUCCGCAGGACGGGAGCCGAGUAAGCCAUGGCUAUGGACCUGCACGCCACGAUGAACAUCCUCGUCAAGGGUGGCCUGAGCUGAAUUCUCAACGAUGGCGAGGCAGUCAUCUGAUAUCCCGAGAUAGAGACCCAGAGCGCGAAUUUGACGAGAGGUCCCUGGACAGGGAACGGCCUUAUGAGCGAGGACGUCAGUUUGUCCGGGAGCUCACCAGUGAGCGCGAUGACAGCCUACAAACCCGCCCGCGCGGUUACUAUUACGCUGGGCCACCACCUUCGGUGAUGCAGGAGGACCGUUGGCAGCCCGCGCCCCGGCCAACGCUUUCGCCGCAUCAUUCGUACCCGCCGCCCCCUCUGCCCCCUCAGCCUCACUAUUCUGGUCGCGACUCUCGAUCUCCUCAUCCUCCGUGGCAACCCGGCGAGCCUAGCCUGAUAGCUGCAACGGAGAGAACCGCUUCCCCCGGAGGACCUGCGACACCGGGUAGCGGACGGCAUCCUUACUAUUAUCCGCCAGACUCUCGUCGCUCUCCGAUGGACGAUCAACAGCGGCCUAUACACUCAGCCUCCAGUCCCGGCUCCGGGCGACAGCGGGGCCAUUCGUAUCUGCCUCCCUCGCUGAGUGCACUGGCCAUAGAUGGGCCAUUGGAACGCGACAUUCGAGAGAGUCGCAUACCUUCCUCAUACAUGGGCGACGGUGGUCGUGAAACAGUUGGGCCGGCUCAUCCUGGCCUCCAAGGUCGGAACGCUUCUCCUUACGCGCACCCUCCUUCAUCUCGUCCGCAUCAUCCGUCUUCUCCCGGGCCGGGAAGCUCGCGUCCGCCGCACUCUCGUAAGCCUCAUCAGUCCGACUCAAAGCGUCCGGGUGAAACGACCUCUCCGCCAAGAUUACCCAGUCUUAGCUCUCUGCUGCACUAG